GAUCAGUUACGUGAAUACAAAGCUAAGAGCGCGCCAACAAAAAAUAGUCCAUUCAGCUUACGUGUCAAGUAAUGAUUGGAGCGGACACAUAAAUAUAUUAGCAAUAUAAAUACGAACUGUUGUGAGCUUCGUAUUCUUCUAAACCCUAAGCAUAACUAUUCUUCUGUACGUACGCAAGCUCUAAACAACGAAGAUGACGAAUAAAGCUCUUGCAUACUUGGUUUUUAUGAUGACAUUAGUUUUUAUGUCAAGUGUGGCAAUAGAAGGCGAAGAGGAGAAACUUGGGACAGUGAUAGGGAUCGAUCUAGGAACUACAUAUUCAUGUGUUGGUGUGUACCAUAACAACCACGUUGAAAUCAUAGCAAACGAUCAGGGAAACAGAAUCACACCAUCAUGGGUUGCCUUUACCGAUACCGAACGUCUCAUAGGCGAGGCUGCUAAGAAUCAAGCGGCCAAGAAUCCUGAAGGGACCAUCUUUGAUCCAAAACGUCUGAUGGGAAGAAAAUUUGAUGAUCCUGAUGUACAAAGGGAUAUCAAAUUCUUGCCAUACAAAGUUGUGAAUAAAGAUGGAAAACCUUACAUUCAAGUGAAGGUUAAAGGCGAGGUGAAAGUGUUUAGCCCUGAGGAAAUAAGUGCUAUGAUACUAACCAAGAUGAAGGAAACAGCUGAAGCUUUCUUGGGAAAGAAGAUCAAAGAUGCUGUCAUUACCGUUCCAGCGUAUUUCAAUGAUGCGCAGAGACAAGCGACAAAGGACGCAGGUGCAAUCGCUGGACUUAACGUGGUACGUAUAAUAAACGAACCAACAGGUGCAGCCAUAGCUUAUGGUCUAGACAAAAAAGGUGGGGAGACAAACAUCCUAGUGUAUGAUCUCGGUGGUGGAACAUUCGAUGUUAGUAUCCUUACCAUAGACAAUGGCGUCUUUGAAGUCUUAUCAACAAGUGGAGACACUCACCUCGGCGGAGAAGACUUUGACCACAGAGUGAUGGACUAUUUCAUCAAACUGAUCAAGAAGAAGUAUAACAAAGACAUAAGCAAAGAUCACAAAGCUCUUGGUAAGCUAAGACGUGAAUGCGAGCGUGCUAAACGAGCUUUGAGCAAUCAACACCAAGUCCGAGUUGAGAUUGAGUCUCUCUUCGAUGGAGCUGACUUCUCUGAGCCUUUAACGAAGGCAAGAUUCGAGGAACUUAACAUGGAUUUGUUCAAGAAGACGAUUGAGCCAGUGAAGAAGGCUCUUAAAGAUGCAGGAUUGAAAAAAUCCGAGAUAGAUGAGAUUGUUCUUGUUGGUGGAAGCACUAGAAUCCCUAAAGUUCAAGAAAUGCUAAAAGAUUUCUUCGACGGCAAGGAACCUAACAAAGGGACUAACCCUGAUGAGGCUGUGGCUUAUGGCGCUGCGGUUCAAGGUGGUGUAUUAAGUGGUGAAGGUGGUGAAGAAACUCAAAAUAUUCUGCUGCUUGAUGUUGCACCGUUGAGUCUCGGUAUCGAGACGGUGGGAGGCGUGAUGACGAAGGUUAUUCCGAGGAACACGGCUAUACCUACUAAGAAGUCUCAGGUGUUCACUACUUAUCAGGAUCAGCAAACAACUGUGAGCAUCAAGGUCUAUGAAGGCGAGAGAAGCAUGACUAAAGACAACCGUGAGCUCGGAAAGUUCGAUCUCACAGGCAUUCUUCCUGCUCCAAGGGGAGUAGCACAGAUUGAGGUGACUUUUGAAGUGGACGCAAAUGGGAUUCUACACGUGAAAGCUGAAGACAAAGUUGCAAAGACGUCACAGACUAUUACAAUAACAAACGAUAAAGGUCGUCUGACACAAGAAGAGAUCGAUGAAAUGAUUAGAGAAGCAGAGGAGUUUGCUGAGGAAGAUAGGAUUGUGAAGGAGAAGAUCGAUGCGAAGAACAAGCUCGAAACGUAUGUUUACAACAUGAAGAGUUCAUUGGAGAAGCUUGCGGAGAAGAUUAGUGAAGAGGAAAAAGAGAAGAUGGAAGAGGUUUUGAAGGAAGCGUUGGAGUGGUUAGAGGAGAAUGUUAAUGCGGAGAAGGAUGAUUACGAAGAGAAGUUAAAGGAGGUGGAAUCGGUUUGUAACCCGGUUAUCAAGUCGGUUUACGAGAAAACCAGUGGAGAGAGCGAGGAGGAUGAAGAAGUUGGUGAUGAUGAGUUAUAGUCAGGUCACAGGUGGUUUAUGGGUGUUUUUAUUGUUUUAGGCUUAUUAGAUUUGCAUUAGUUUCGUUGUGUUUAGUCCUAAUGUGAUGCCAUUAUUAUUUUUAUACAAAAAAAAAAUGUUUUCAUUAGGACAACAAAGCCAGAAACUAAACACAAAAAGACAAGAAGACAGAACAUAAUCUCUCACAUAAUCAAACCGGAGCAGCAGUUACCUAAGAGAUUGUUUUCAUUAGGACAACAAAGCCAGAAACUAAACACAUAGAGACAAGAAGACAGAACAUAAUCAAAC